CAGUAGUAGAAGUAGCCCGUCUUCGCCAACCGCGAAAGCUUCAGCAUGGAGGUGGAAGCAGGCCCGUCGGGAGGCAUGAUCGACUAUGAGAUGAAUCAAGAAGAUGGCGUGCCCAGUCCAGCGACGAUGGACGAUGCGCAGAUGCAGAUGGAGUACGAUGCCAUUGCUGCUUCGUCGAGCGCAGGCCCUGCAGAGGUCGACGAAGGCAUUCAAGAAUACAGCGAGGAGGUUGUGAUGCAAGAAGAAGAUUUUCCAGGGCAGCACAGCCUCAGAGAAGACGAACAGCACGCUGCGCAACACGGGUCAUCGGAAGGCCAGGAGCAAGUCAUGCUCGAUAACCAGCCAUCCAAUGUGGUGGAAGCCGUUGGGAAAGAGUCCCAUGUGUCCGCGGAUGCAAGGGCGGAGGGUAACGUCGCACCCGGAUUUUGGGAUCCGACGAAGACCGAGGACAUCGCGGUGGCCGAAGAAAUCUUGGAUGGACACAAGAGCGCAGAAGAAGAUGCCGUCAGUCAUGAGCUGCAAGACGGAGAAGGGCAACUGCAGGGAGAGGAGGAGGAGGAGGAGGCUGAGAACGAAGUUGGAAACGAAGAAUGGGAGGAGCACACUGCUCAGCACGAUCAGGAAUACCAAAAAGAAGGAGUCGAGCAGGAGAACGAACAAGAAGAAGAAGAAAAGGAAGAAGGACAUCACCAGGGCGAAGAAGAUCAAGAUGAGCGAAGACAAGAAGAAGAGGAUGAUCAUUUCGCAGAGGGAGGAGGGGAAGGAGGAAGCGAAGUGAAAGAGCGGGAUGGAGGAGAAUUUGAGGCAAGCCACAUCUCAGCGCAAGAAGCGGAAAAGGAGCAGCCUCUGACCGUCUCAGGCGACGAUGCGCCGAAUGGUGAGCUAGGCCUAAGUAGUGAGGACACAUACCCGAUCGACUCCAAGGAAGAUGUGGAUCAACAUCCGCCAUCGGUCCGCGUAACAUUCAACGACCAGGACUUUAGCGUCUGGACCUCGCACUCAGGAUUGGUCGACGCGCAAGUGGCUUGCCCGCCUCUAUCGAUCGAAAAGGACGUCUUUCACGCACCUCUCGAGGCGCUCUUCGAGGCCAUGAGGAUUAAGCAUGCUCUUGGUGACUUCCUUGAAGACGGAACGGAGCUCGUGUUCCAUUUUGCUGACUUGGACAUGACUGUCCGUGAAGACGACUACUAUGCUCGCGACGUGACCUUAGAAGACAUCCACAGGCUUCACCUCGGUCUCGUUGGACAAGAAGCAAUGCUUCAGGUCGUGGUAUCGGAAGCACCUAGGUUCAUCAGCCGGUACAACGAGCUGGCCGCUCAGCUGGUCGCCCACGCCGAGGCGGAAGGAAGUACCCCGCUCGCAGACGAUGUCAAGCAAGGCGACCAUAAUGUCCAAGAAGAGGGCGAACAAACUUUCGUGACGACACUUGAGGAGACCGACGCCCUGAGAGAUGGACAGGGCCCAAGUGAGAAAGGGGAAGGAGGAGGGAGAAGUGCCAUCGCUGGAGAUGGAAUCGAUCAGGGCGAAGAAAAAGCCGGGUCUCCGAAGCAAGGCGAUGAAGAAGGCGAUGGCGGUGACCAAGCCGCUUGGUCUGAUCACGGCAAUGGAGAGGAGGAGGAUGAAGAGGAAGUAGAGGAAGAGGCAGAAGAAGAAGAAGAAGAGAAAGAAGGCGAUGAAGAAGAGCACAUGUAUGGACAGGGAAACCAAGAAGAAGACGCUCACGAAGGCGACGAUGAUGCGGACGCCAUCGAGGUCCCUCAUCGAGAUUCAAGCGCGGCAGCAGUGGGGGACGAAAUCAACAACGCGGGCGAAGCGGAAGAGCAAUACGUCGACUAUGAAGAGGUCAUCGAAUCAGACCAGCCCGAUGGACGGGCGCAGGACGAUCAAAGCGAAUCGUCAGGAGCUGCAGAGCAAAACGAUCAAGCAGAAGAAGUGGAAGAAGUCGACGCUGCAGAGGAGCACGGAGCAGCGAACGAGGACAGAAUAGAAUCUCUGGGUCCUGACUCUGGCUCAAGCCAAAAGAGAGCCUACGAGGAGGAAGAGGACAACUACGACCAAGACUUGCCAACUUCUCCUUCUGCAAUCGAGGGCAAGCGGGCAAGAGUGGAGUGAGGCUAUCGACCCCUCGCAAUCGGUUUGCCAUCUUCCAGGCUUCGGACAUGGCGAAUCUCUCUGUUGGGCUUGAGCGUGGGCUCUGUCCCGGACAAACGGCCAGAGAUCGGGUCUUUGGUCGAUGCGUGCUGACGACGUGUUUCCACGGCGACUCGAGCCUCAAAAAGGAUAUCAAAAAGGAUAGCAUGCACAUGCUCGUUGGGAAAGUGUAGGUAUCUGACAAGCAAGGUCAAAAGGUAAGUGGGUCCUUGCGAGGCUGCUAACGUGACGCUGGUGUCGUGUUCUCUUCAUCUCCUCAUCCAUCUCCGUGUACUAUGUAUCUCUACAAUGCCCAUCAAUAACACAAUCU